AUGAUUCCCUUGGCCUUCUUUUGUGAUAUUUUGAACGUCACAACCCACAAGGCGCACUGGAGUCACACAGGUAAGACGGAGCGGCGCGUCUCUUUCUCACCACGACUAUUUCCAAAUGCCUCAAAGGAGCGGUGCCGAGGAGGAUCUGGGGAGGGUGUCCGCUGCCGCCAACAUCCGCCCGGCCUCACAGAUCAUACCAGAACCGCCUGUUUGGGUCACCCUGAACAGAUUAAGCAAAACAAACAGGUCGGGCUGGAGAUGCACGCACAGGCUGAGGAGGAAGUGGGGACGGAAGGCGGAAGGAAAGAUUCCAAUCAGCGAAGGAUAAAAGCGACAAGAGGAGUGAAGAAUGAGGAGCGCAGAGGCCCCAUGCAUGCUAAUGAGGAGACGCGGCUGCAGGUGGAUCUCGGGGACAGGUGCGCCAGACGUGAAGAAGGUCAUUCCUAGGAGCCUCUCAUCAUUCCAGCUGGACCUGAUGACUUGCACACGGUUAUGGCUUCGGACCCUUGCGAAUGAUAGGCAUCUUAGUCUCCUUGAUAUGCAGCCACACACGCCGCCAAUAGGUACUGAG